GUUGCAAGUUAUGUAUACAUCUUAGCAUUUACAUGUUAAAAUAGUCGACUAUACAUGCCUUGCGCAACUUUGCGAAUAUCGCAUACAACCGGAGUCUUUUUCACAAACCUCACCGUUACUUCUUCUUUUACACCGGGCUCUAACAAUUAUGCCUAACUCAUUGUUAUGAUAGCUUUGUUUCAGUCAGGCCUUGGGGCCUUGGCUGUGCACGGCUUCCGGCUCGGUUCAUGUGCUCUGGACCCUUAAGCCAAUUCACGACGCUUUCGGGUUAUUAUGCAUAAACGUCGUCCCGUCGUGGCCUGUCCACCAACAAUCCACUACGCGGAGGAUGGUGAACAGGAGUCCUUCGUUAAGCACCGGCUCCUGGGUUACGGAGGCUCGGCUGCGGUGUACGAGGUGGAGCGCGUCUCGGAUGGAUGCCGCCUGGCCGCCAAGGUGCUGCCCCUGGGCGCGCUGGCCGACCCCAACAAGCUGCGCCGCGUGCAGAACGAGAUCGACAUCAACCAGCUGCUGCACCACCCGCACGUGGUCACCUUCCUGGGCUCCUUCCAGGACGACCAGAACGUCUACCUGCUGCAGGAGCUGUGCUGCAUGACGCUGUGCGAGCUGCUGAAGCACGUGGGGCGCAUGAGCGAGCUGCAGGCGGCACUGGUGCUUUGGCAGGUCCUCUCCGCGCUGGAUCACCUGCACGGCUGCGGCGUGGCGCACCGCGACCUCAAGCUCUCCAACAUGUUCCUGGGCCGCGACGGCGCCAUCAAGGUGGGCGACCUGGGGCUGGCCUGCUACCUGCCCACGCCGCACGCGCGCCGGCGCUCCACGUGCGGGUCCCUCAACUGGAUGGCGCCGGAGGUGCUGCGGCCCGGGCCCGCGGGGUACGGCCUGGAGGUGGAUAUCUGGGCACUGGGAGUGAUGCUGUACACGCUGCUGGUCGGCCGGCCGCCGUUCUCCGCAGCCGGCGCGGGCCGAGGGGGUGGCGGUGGCGGUGGGAACGUAGGGGGUGCGGAGGGCGAGGGCUCCGCACGUGGGGGCAACACGGCGGCGGCGGCGGCGACUGGGCCGCAGGUGCAGACGACGUACGGCAGGAUUCUGCAGGGGUUGUAUGCGUUCCCGGAGGAUGCUGAGGUGCCGCUGGGGCCCGAGGCGCGCAGCCUGGUGGCUGAGCUGCUGGUAGUGGACCCGGCGGCGCGGCCCUCGCUGGCGCAGGUACGCCGCCACCCCUUUUUCGUACGGCACCUCACGCCGGCGCCGCCACGGCCGCGGGCGUUGCCAGCGGCGGCCGUCGCCGCUUUGCUGCCGGCAACAGCUGCUGACCAGCAUCAUCAUCAGCAGCAUGGUGGCGCGGGUGUGGAGGCUGAUGUGUUGGCGCCGAUGUUGCUGGCGGAUGCGGGGCUUAUGGCGGCCGUGACAGCGGCGGCAGCAGCGGGCCGUUGCGCGGGCGGCGGCGGCGGGGAUCGGGGCUGUUGUGCGGAUGACAGCACGAGCGGGUCCUACAUGGAGAUAUCGCAGAGCGAGCAGCUGAGUGCGCUGACCUCGGUCACCACCUCGGCUUGCCUGGAUGAGGCGGGCCCGUGGCUCCCGGCGUCAGCCAGCCCCCACGAGGGACAGCACUGCGCGCCGCCGCCGCCGCAUCCCUGCGCAAGUCCGCAGGACGCGGCGCGGUGGCUUCCGCGCCCCCACACGCAUGCGCACACUGGCACAUUGCAGCAGCGCACGCACCGAUCGGAGCAAGGGACGCACCAACAGCACUUGCUGUUGGUGCAGCAGCAGCAGCAGCAACAACAGCAGCAGCAGCAGGCGGCGAAGUCCAGCCAAGCCGCGCAACCGCAAAGGCCGCUCCGGCCGCACGGCAGCGUUCCUGGCACCACCUACCGCGCAGCCUCGGGCUCAGUGCUGGGGUUGGACGCGGCUGCCAGCGGCGGCAUCUGCGGGUGCGUCUGCGGCUGCGCUGUACCACCGCAGCAGCCGCCGUCGUCGUCCCUACCCGCCGCCCCCUGCUGCUGCUGCUGCUCCCAGCGGCAGCGCCCGUACUCCCAGCAGCACUACCAGCACCUAAAUCACCACCAUGCACAACCCCUGCAGUCCUCGCAUCCGUAUGCCGUACAACAGCGUCCGCAGCUUCUGCGUGACAUGCUUCCUCAGCUUGCCAGCAGCUGUAGCUGUGACUGCGCCAACAGCGGCAAGCGAUCCACCUGCUGUCACACCGGCCCUGCUGCGGCCCCGGAUACGGCUGCUCCUGAGCAGCACGCCCCCGCUAGCGCCCCCUGUCCUGAUCCCAGCUCGGCUGCUGCUGCUGCUCCUGCUGUCGUCGCCGCCGCCGCAGCAGCAUCUAGCGUACCCGCCGCACGUUGUGAGGCCGCCAGUGUCAGCAGCCGCAGCAGCAGCAGUGCACUGCGGGCAUCAGCUGAACAGCCGCAGCUGAUGCACAGCACCAGCUGCAUCAGCGGCCGUCCCUCCGUCUCCAUCAGCCCUCGCCAUUCCAGCCGCCAGAACAGCUCGCCCCUGGCAUCAAGCUCCCCUCGUCCACGACCCCCGCUGCGCCCGGAGCUAUCCGGCCUCCGGCGCGCCCGACGUGCCACAGCCUGCAGCUCAACGGUGGGCCUGUCAGACCUCGGCGGCGCCGGCAACGCCACGUCGGUGGGCACGGGUGCAUGCACCAGUGGAGGAACCGACGCAGGCACCACGGGCCCGGGUGUGCGGGAUGCCCCGGCGCUGAUGCGCGCUGCGUUCUACAGUCACCGGCCCAUGGCGUCGUACAGUCGUGGCAGCCUGCAUCCCAGCCGCUCCGGCAACAGCCGCAGCGGGCUGCGCUACGUUAGCGCCCUGCGCAGCGUGCCUAGCGGGUACGGCGCCACCGGGGAGGGAGACGGGGAGAUUGACGGCAGCAGCGACACAGGCCCCUCCUACGCUGACAGCUUGGAGGCGGUGUUGCUUGGGGGCGACGCGCGUGCGGCCGCCGCGCAAGCCAGGCGCGGACCGGCACCUGUGGCGCCAUCGGCUACUACACGCAUGGGCGCGCCUGCCAUGGCUGCUGCCCCGGCUGCUCCGGUAACGAUGGCGGCGGGGGCGGGGGCGGCGGCGGCGGCAGGGAUGGCCCCCGUCGUACCGGUAGUCCUUCGCCAUGGGCGGGGCUCUGUUGGGGGGCCGAUGAGUCGCAGCGGUGUGUCUUCGUGCAUGCCUCAUGAGCGGUUGGACUCCAGCAGCCCACCGCCGGUUUCAGGGAGCCCGGCGACGGUGGGUUCAGGAAACAUGGCGCCGGUCGCGGUGAACCUGGCCCUAUCACCCGCCCUUCGCCACAGCAGCCGCUCUCUGAGCUCGAGGUCCAUGCCCUUUGACCGGCGUCUGGCCCCCGGGGUGCAACACGGAGGUGUGCCCGGGGCUGGGUUGGCGAAAGCUGCUAGUGAGCUUGGACCCGAGCUUGCCUUCAGUUUCGGCGCCUGCGAAGCCCCGGCGCCAAUGCAUGCUGCACAGACGGGUUCUCCACGCUGCCGUGUUACAGCUGCUGCUGUGGCCAGCGCUCCGGCCGCCAUGCAAAAAGCCCCGGCGCCGCAUCCGGCGACUGUUCCUGCGGCGGGGUACGACAGCGGGCCGCCAUCGUUUGCAUUGCUCAUGUUACCAUCACCGGCUAGUGCGGCGCCACUCCAAGCUUCCGGGGAGCCUGUGAGCAAUGCUGUUGGCGCGUGGGGCGGGGCAUGGGGGGUGCAGAUCCCAGUGUAUGCGGAUGCAGCAACGGACGGCGCUUCUGAACUCCAGCUGCGAUCCGAAUCACAUCCGCCGACCUUUUACGCCGCCCAGCCCCAUACAGCUGCAAGGCCAAGCAGGCCGGGCGCAGAUGCAGCAUCAAGGCCCGCUACUGCGCCAGCUGCAGCUGCUGACGUUGCACCGACAGCCAGCACUGGACCGCUGGGAUCGGCCGCUCCGAGCACGCACAUGCACCCCUGGCGGGCGCUGGCGCUAGCGCAGCGCCAACAGGAGGCCGCACGUCUGGCGGCGCUGCUGCUGGAGGAGCCGGAGGGUGAGGUCAGCGAGGACGAUGCGGAGAGGGCCAACGGCAUGAGGAGGAGCUCAGGCGAAGGCCGCUCCGCGAUGAGACCUGACGUCGCAAGUCCAGUCGCUGCUGAAGAGCCUUGGACAGCCAGUGCUAUCGGCGUUUGCCGUACCAGCAGCAGCAGCAGGGCCACAGGCGAGGAAAAUGGUACCGCGUGGAGGGGCGCCAGCACCGCGACCUCGACCAAGCCUGAUGCUGGCCAAGCCUGCGGACCCACGGGUCGCGAGGCGGCCCCGGCAGUCCCACGCACCGCAUCCAUUGCGGCACCUUGCCCUUGUCGCCGCGCUGCGAACGGCCCCAGCACGACCAGUAGCAACACCGUGGGUAAGGCCGCCGCCGCCGGCAGCAGCAGCAGCAGGCGUGACGCUUCUGCAACCACCUGGGCAUGGCAUCGUAGGCCGCGGAGCGACAACGGCGGCGCUGCUGCUGCGGGCAGGGUUGAGGGCGGGUCACCGCAGCAGGUGCGUGCUUCCCUGGAGGUGGAGUUGGUGCUCCGGCACUUGGAGUCAUGCGACGCAGACGACUUCGCGCCUCUGGCCUUCACCGCUGCGGGCGCGCUGGCUUCAUCGGACGGCGCGCCGCUGGCUGGCACGUUGCUGGGCGCGGUCAUGCCGUCGAGCUUUUCGGAGCGGCUGAUGGGGUCCGCCGGGCAGGGCAUGUUGGGGGCACCUGUGGGCGACAUUCCGGUGAGUGCAGACGGGCGCUCGGCAGCCGCGACAGCUGCGGCGGCGCCAGCGGGUAAGCCCGGGGAUGCAAAGGCUGGCGGCAAGGCGGGAAGCAGCGGUGAGGUGACUGCGGUGGCGGCGGCGGCGGUGGCGGCCAGGAACGGGCCCGUGGAACGAGCAGGGUCGGCAGGCGAGCAGCUGUCAACGGAGAUGGCAGUGGGCCCCGAUGGAAAGGGGCAUGGGAGCCGGGCGCGUUCCUUAAGGGCUGCGUCUGGGUGGCGCGUCUGGCCGCAACCUCUGUUCCAGCGGUUCAUGAAUCCGCAGCAAAAGCUGCAGCAACAGCCCUCAAAGCUGUCGCCGCAGCAGCUGCCGACUGAGCGAGAAAGCGACGGUUGCGAAGCAUCGCAACCUGCACCCCUGGAGGCCGGCUCGCAUGCCUCCCCUGCAUCGGCCUGUCAGCUUCAACAACCGCUUGCGCAGGGGCCUCAGGCUUCAGGAGCGGCUGCGGGUGCCAUGCCUGCAGCCCUACAAGACGCGGCCAGUUCCAGUGGCGCUGGCAAGGGCGACGCCUACGCCGGGGGUAACUGCUACCCAGCCCAGCCGCCAGCAGCUGCUGCACAGGCACAAGCCUUAAGGGGGGCGGCAUUAACGGCAGCGGCGCCUGCAAGCGGCGCGGCCUGCCUCUCCGCUUCGGGUGAACCACCAAGUGUUGAUGGCGGCUGCCCGCAUUGCGGAUCUCUGCCGCAUGGCACACACCCGCCCUCGAGCAGCUCAGCUCACCGGCCUACAGGAGUGCCUGUGUUGGCAGCAGCGGCAGCAGCAGCAGCUGCUCCCGGGCAGUCAGCAUCCCUGUCGGGCUCAGCUGCAAGCGCAAUGGCAGCCCUUCCCAACCCCAACCCCCCCGCCGCCGCCACCAACCACCACUGUUGCAGCGGUGGUACCACGUCACCUGCAGGCGGCGCCGCAGCCACGGCCAUUGCCUCAGGCCUAUGCCCCCAACUCCUAAGCACCGGACCACAACCCGGACCCCAACCCCAACCCAUGCCGCUGCAGUUGCCGCCGUACUCCCACGACACCUCCACGGCUCAUGCGCUGGGGUCCGUAUCCGAAACCCCUGCUGCCAUCACCACCACCAUCACCACCGCUACCCGCGCAACCUCAGCCGCAGCCGCACACGCCGCUGCCUGUCCUGCUGCGCUGGCCGCAGCAGCAAUAGCUCCCUCAAGCUCCGUCCCCGAGCCGGUCCCCGAGAUUGACCCAGAUGCGCUUGCGGAGCUCGCCAGCCGCCUGCGCACGCGCUCCUUCAAGGACUGCGCGGCGGGCAGCCGCAACGGCAGCUUCUCCUACCGCCCCAGCCGCAUGAUGCCGGCCACGCUGCGGACCUUCUCGCAGCGAGGCACGGCUGGCGUGGUGGCGGCUGGUGCAGCGGCUGGGGGCAGUGCUGCUGCUGCCCCCGCAGCAGCAGCAGCCGGGGCUCCUGGAAGUAGCCCUUUCGGGGUUACCCGUAGCGGCAACGGCUAUACCGAGGUCGCUUGCAUAACGUCCGGCGGGGAGUGCGCAGCAGCAGCAGCGUGGCAGGGGGCUCGGUUCAGCAGCCCUACACGCAGGGUGACAAAGCGGCGGACUGCGGAGGGCCUAGUCAGCCCGAAGAGCCCCCUGCAGCCACAGGCAAAGACAGUGGAAGCAGACCACCACCACCACCACCACCACCACCAGCAGCAACCGCUACACAUGCAUGCGACCAUGUUAACGGUAGAGCCCGCUCAGGCCCAGCAGGCCGAGCUGCUGGUCCAGUCUCAGGCCCCCAUGCAGCCGCAGAUGAGCCCGGGGCUUCGGGAGGUACUCAUGGUGAAGUGGCUGGAUUACUCGUCCAAAUACGGCUUGUCGUACUUGCUGUCGAACGGCGCCGUGGGGGUGAUGUUCCGCGACGGCACGCAAAUGAUCCGGGAGCAUGGCUGCGCCUACGCGUGGCUGCUUGGCGGCUCCUACGGCACGACAGCAGCAGGAGCUGGUGGCGGGGGGCCGGCGUCGCUGCUGCUGCCGCAGCCGCCGCCCAUGCAUGCGCAGCCGCUAUUGCUGGAUACCGCGAAAGCUGAGGCCGCGCGGGCGUCAGGCGACGGGGCUGGCGGCGGCGGAGGCGGCGGCGCCUCCCCGCGUCAACGGGACGUGGUCAAGAAGCUGCGGCUGCUGCGUAGCUUCGAGGGCAUGUUGCUGUCAGGCGAGGGGGGCAUGCUGGAGCGCCCGAGUGACAGCAGCGGCGCAAGCACGCCGGGGGGCCAGACGUCAGCGACUGGGGAGGCAGCCGGACAGGAGGUUGCAGCAACGGCGCAGCCAUCACCCCCUCCUCCGCCGCCACCGCCACCACCGCCGCCUACCCAGCUCCCGGCGGUGUACAUCACCUGGUGGACCCGCACUCCCAAGGCACUGGCGGUGUGCACCAGCGCUGGGACGCUGCAGGUGCUGUUUUGCGAUGGCAGCGAGCUGUCCGUGCGCCAGGUGGACGACCAGGUGGACUUCCUGGCGCGCGACUGCCGCCGCCACGUCGCCAGCCUGCGCGCGGUACGGCUGACGGGGCCGUGCAACUCGGUGGCCAAGCGGGUGCAGUACGCGCUGUCGCUGCUGCACUCGGCGCGGGGCGGCAGCGCGGGGGCAAAGCAUGGGUAGAGGUGUUUGCUAUGCGGGUGUGGUGGAGUUAC